CUCUCUCUCUCUCUUGUUUUCCAGUCGCUUGUCACCACAGGCGAAUAACGGAACCCGUUAGACCGUAAAUUGUUUGACAGUUUUAAGUUUAAACUUUUUGAUAGCGUAGUUUGGAAGGAGUUUAGUCUAAUAAUAACUCUCCGUGUCCACAUUCAGGACUCUGAACUCGCGCACUGUCUCUUUAAGAGGGUUUACCCACCGACCUCCUGUUGAUCCGACGGUAUUUCCCCAUACAUUACUGUUCUUCUGUAUCUCCUGCCAGUCUCUCUGCGCUUUACUUCAUUCAUAACGGUUUAUUUAUUUAUUUAUUCACUUUGGAAACUUGAAGCUCAAACAUGGCAGAGAUAGGGAAAGGAGUCAACGCCGGGAAACUGGCCAGUAAUGUACAGAAGAGGAUAACCCGAGCACAAGAGAAGGUGUUACAGAAGUUGGGAAAGGCGGAUGAAACAAAAGACACAGCAUUUGAGGAGGAAGUGGUCAAAUUUAACAAGCAGCUGGCUGAUGGCACCAAAUUGCAGAAAGACUUGAAGGCAUAUAUGGCGGCAGUGAAAACCAUGCACGAGUGUUCGAAGCAUCUGCAGGACUGUCUGGCAGAAAUGUACGACCCUGAGUGGUUUGGCAAAGAGGAGGUGGACUCCAUCACAGAGGAGAUGAUAGAGAAAGAAAUGGAUAAUAAUCUGGAGGACACUGACCUCCUGUGGCAAGAUUUCCACCAGAAGCUUGUGGACGAUGCCCUCAUUUCCAUGGACACAUAUUUGGCUCAAUUUCCAGACAUAAAGACUCGCAUCGCUAAGCGUGAAAGGAAGCUGGUAGAUUUUGACAGUGCCAGACAUCAUUUUGCCUCUAUACAGAAAAGCAAGAAAAAGGAUGAGGCCAAAAUUGCCAAGCCUCUGGCUCUGGUGGAGAAGGCUGCUCCCGGCUGGGCUCAGGGAAUAAUCACAGCACACCAAAUCGCUCAAACUAACCUCUCGAGAAGCCAGGCUGAGGAAGAGUUGGGCAGAGCUCAGAAGGUAUUUGAGGAGAUCAAUUAUGAUCUCCAGGAGGAACUUCCCACCCUGUGGGACAGUCGUGUUGGCUUGUAUGUUAACACAUUCCAGAGCGUUGCCGGCCUGGAGGAAAAAUUUCACAGGGACAUGGGCAAACUGAACCAGAAUCUGAGUGAUAUUAUGACCAAACUGGAUGAGCAGCGUCUAACCAAAAAAAGUCUCACGACAGCAAGCACUGGAAAGAGUGAAGAAGCAGCCAAUCACAACCUCUCAGAGUCUGGGUCAGACGCCCCUAAAUCACCAGCAAAGUCCAGAGAAGGACCGCCGGUGUCACGGCCGCCCAGGCCAGCUUCAUCUCAGGAGGUGAAACAGGACAUCAUCAUUAACCUGCUUGAAGAUGCAGUGGUGCCUGACAUUAACAAUUCAACCCAGCCACAGCCUGAUCAGACCCCUGCUGCAGACCCCUCCCAGCAGUGGGACUCAGAUGAAGAAGCUGCCGCUCAGACUUACGGCCAGCAGCCGUAUGAGGCUCCUCAGUGGGAGGAUGAGGUCGCUCCUGCCGUACAGCCGUAUGAAGCUCCCUGCUGGGAUGAGCAGGACAGCGUGUCUGCGCAGUCAGGCUGGAGCAGUGAAACAGCUGCUCCUGCACAGCCAGACUGGGACGACGAUGGUGCAGUGCGCUGGGGCGAGGAAGGGUCCCAGGUAGGGCAAAUGCAAGACGCAGAUACAAACUGGGGCAGUGGUGCGGCUCAGGCUUGGGAGGCGGAGUCAGAGCCGCCUCAGUGGGAGGAGCUUCAAAGUAAUGAAGCGCCAACAGUGACAAAUGGCUCAUCAGAUGCAGAGCUUCCUCCAUCUGUUCUCUAUAAGGUGAAAGUGAUGCAUGACUAUGGAGCAACAGACAGCGAUGAACUUGAUCUGAAGGCUGGUGACAUUGUGCUUGUGCUUCCCUUUGCCAACCCAGAUGAAGAGGAUGAUGGCUGGUUAAUGGGCGUAAAAGAGUCACACUGGCUUCAGAAUAAAAACCUCCUAGCUAAAGGAGUCUUCCCUGAAAACUUCACCCAGAAACUGUGAGCGGAACAGUCCUCUCAGAAUCACCUGUUCUUAUACUUAGUUUUCUCACCACUUUACUGUGAUAACAUUUUUUAUAAAACAUCUUCAAAAAUAAGGGCUCCUCAAGCAAAAAAAAAAGAAAAGAAAAAAAAAAGCUCUAUUCUAUAUACUGUGGUCACUUGGGGUAAGAAUAAAUAAUAAAAGGCAUUAGAUGAUAUUUGCAGCAGCAUGCUUUACACAACUUCAUGAAGUAAUAUGGGCCACGUACACACUGCAGCCAAACUCACUUGUCAGUUCAUCCUUUAAAGCCUAAUCCUGAUCUGUCCACACAGUUCAGUAAUUUACGGUAGUGACAACCACAUUUACAAAACUUCUUCGCAGUUUGUAUACAACUGAAGAGAACAACUAGAUGUUAAUGAUGUGUUUGAACUAGAUAUGUCGCUCUGCUUUAUGCACAGUGCAAGAAAGUCACAGGGAAGCAGAUACGCCUAGCACCUUGACUUACAUAUGUUGCCAGGUCUUGCUAGAAAAAAACAGCAAACAAGAACAAGUAAAAAAUAAACCUAAAUAAAUCCAAAUGAUUUAUAUUGGAAAUAAGAGAAAAUAUUGCAACCUGCACCAUAAACUGGAUCGCUUUAUGAGCGAAACCAUAAGGCCAAAUACGCUGAUAAUAAGUGGACAUGGCAACACUGCAAGAACAUGCUCUGUGAAGCAGACUUUCAAAAAUAAACAAUGCCUCUGUCAACAUUGAUUUUGUUAAAAUUGUUGAAUGUAAUGUGUAUUUGGUUGCUGUAGUAUUACUUUGGUCAAAAAUAGCGGAUACUAAACACGCAAGACUCCAAAACGUUAAAGGGGUCAUAUGAUGUUGCUAAAAAGAACAUGAUGUUGUGUAUUUGGUG